UCAAUACUUUGCACAGUACUCUAAAUCAGCAUAUGCAAAAUAUAACCAAUCUUAAUAAUGUUUUGUAUUUUCAGCGUUGACUGUGUUGUUAAACUAAUGAUUCAUGAUUGCCAAAUUGUGUAAUACUAAUAGAAUAUAAAGUAUGUUAGACAAGAAAGUCUGCUACAAAGCUUUGUUUAAGAAAGAGCAGGUAAGAAUAGGAAGCAAAAUGGAAGAAGGCAUGCUGCAGUUAUAGAGUGUGGGGAUCAAUGUCUGGUGUUACAGUCUCUCCAGUUGCAGGUUACUUACCGGCACAGCCUCCUUUGCCAACGCCGUCUCCAUUCUCAUUCUCCGUGGCCUCCACCAGGUGGAGCUCCAGACCUCCAGUGCAGACCGCGUGCCUCCUCCUUAGGUUUCUCGCUCUCCUCUUCUCCUUUGGCUCUGCUUUCGCUCUGGUUGCACUACCAUCAACAAAUUCAAAGCUGAAGAAAUACCCUGAAUUACUGUACUGCUUCACUGCAAACAUUUUAUCAGUGAUAUAUGCUGCCUAUCAGAUCUUCAAAAAUAUAUGUGAUAUUGCUCACAGAGGCAUAUGCAUCUCAGACAAGGCAUCUGACUACAUCAGCUUCUUUUUUGAUCAGUUGGCAGGAUAUGUGCUUGUUUCAGCAUCUUCAGUUGCUGUGCCAUCAAUCAAACAGAUGGAAAUUGGAAGUUCAGUUUGGAAUGCUUCGGUUGCCUCCGUGUGCUUGUCUUUCGCUUCUUUUAUAGUUUAUGUACUUGCUGCCUUCCUCUCAGGCUACAAGCUUUGUAAGAGAAUUAUGUGGUGAAUCUUGAUCUAUUAGGAAGACCCACUAACAACAUUCACCUAAAUCCAUAAAACAAUAACAAGACAUGGUUUUAUGAGCAAGACAAGUAGAUUUCUGCCAUAUGUAUAGUUGAACUCCUCAAAUUUCUUGACUUUUCUUUUGCUUCCAUCCUCUGGUAUGAGCUAGCUAGGACAAAAGUUUUACUCUACAUUUCACAAAUUAAAAAAAUGCUCAUUUAGAAA